CGCCACCACCAUCCUCAAGCGUCGAGCGGGACACUAGGACUACUUCCUCUACCGCGGGCGGCCGUACCUCGAGAUGCUGGCUCACCCGGAUAACUGGACCGGCUGGAUCCACCAGGUUGGCAUCGUCCCGUGCGGCGAUGGCGACGACAGCUGCACCGUCGCCGCGCUCAUUCCCCACAUACACAACCCAGGCAACAACUUCCUGCUCCACGUGUUCGACACCAGAACACAGGUCUGGACCUCCAAGAAGCUGCAUGUCAAGUCGCCGCAGCGGGAUUUCCCAGUGAAGAUGCUCAUGGAGCGUGAUCACCAACAUAAGGCAUCAUCUUUUGCGACAUGCUCCGUGGCAUGCCGGUGCCACUUUGCGAUGAAGCAGAUCAAUGCUUCUGAUUCGUCCGAAGAAGACAGGUCACUACUCCCGGAUGGAAAGCUGGACUAUCGCCAGGUGGACGCAGACCUGAGUGAUUCUUAUGAUGACUGGCACAAGGAAUGCACACUCCAAGCAUUUGAUGUCACCAUCGACGGGCACACCGAAUCUGAGCUGCUACCGGACGCUGGUGAUGACCAGGAGCUGCGAGGCUUGCAGAACCUAAUUGUGUCUGGCCCCUAUUUUGGCAGCGAUAAUUCUAGCGAUAUUAUUUACCUGACUGCCAGGGUGAAAUUCUUGCACCCUAACUCAUGGGUUCUAGCUGUCGAUAUCAAAAACACAAAGUUUCUUUGUAGCUCAGGCUACAUGGAACCUCUUAUCCUCAACCCUUCAGCCUUGGUUUGAGAUCCGUAUUCUCCAACUAACUUACAACAAGCAGAUUUUUCUGUGUAUGAACUUCAAACUUUGCAGAUUGAACAAACAUUAGAACAUCAAUGUGUGAAAAAACUUUCAGAUUUUUUGGUCUGAUAUAAAUAUAGUAAAUGAGAUUUUUUUUGACAAAAAAUAUUAUUUUAAGCAUUUAAAAUGCAUGAAAAAUCUGAAGGUUUUUUCCCAGAUUGUAGUUAGAAUGUAUUGUUGUUCUGCAAAGUUUGAAGUUUAUAUGUUGUGUCAUUUGAGAGAAACAAAAAAGACAAAUACGUGUAAAGUGUGCUUAAGUCUGGUCCUCUACCCGAAGGAUUUCCCUGUGUAGACGCAACCUAUUGCACUUCCAGCAUGACUAAGUGUAUCAGUUAACCGUCCAGCUGGUAAUUACUGAAUGUACUAGCAGUCCAUC